AUGAUUAUUCAAAAGAUUAUCGAUUUCUUUGAAAUUACAAACGUUUUCUACCUUUUUUUCCUAAUCUUAGCUAGUUAUAUCUUUACAUUUUAUUACCGUUACUUUACUCGUCCUAAUCCAUUUCCUGGUCCGUUACCUUUACCAUUUAUUGGAAACCUUCAUAAUCUUUAUGAUGUAAAACUUUUUUAUGAACAAUGUCAACAGAAAUAUGGUGAUUUCUGUGAAAUAAUGUUUAAUGGACGUAGAUGUAUCAUUAUUUCACGGCCUGAAUAUAUGGAAAAAUUUUUAAAUCCUACUUCAUUUUCAAUGAGAAUCUCACAUUCACAAGGUAUUGAUGAACUAGGAUUUUAUGGACGUGGAACUAUCUUUAAUAAUGACUAUAAAAGUUGGUAUUAUCAUAGGCAAUUUUUUACUCAAGCAUUAUUGACACCUAGAUUUAUGGAUUCUGCCAUAAGUUCUACAAAUAAAUUAUUUGAUGAAUUAAGUGGAUAUUGGCAAUCUCUUGGAAUGCAAAAAAUUAAUUUAUCUGCAUGGUUUCAUGGACUUGCGAAUGAUAUUGUUUCAAUAGUAACCACUGGUGAACGAGUAUAUGCAAUUGCUUCCUAUUAUAAUACUCAAAGUGUUAUUAAAUCUGAACAUCCUGAUGCAUUGGUGGAAGAUGGUAAUAAAUUUGUCAAGGCAUCUAUGAAGCUUGUUAUUGAUGCUUUGUUUUUUCUGCUUGUUGGUCCGUUCAUGAGGCAUUACGUUCCAAUAUUCAGAAACAUUUCAAUUUCUAUGUUAAAAAAUCGUGAUUACGUAUUUGAAAGAUUUGAUAUGAUAAUUAAGAAUAGAAGAAAGAAAAUUGAUGAAUUGCCAUUGGAUACUGAAAUGAAAAGUGAUAUGUUAACUUCGUUAAUUACCGCAAACACCUCAAGGAAUACUAUUAAUGUUAAAACAAUAGAUGGUGAAAUGCUUAAACCUAUGAAUGAUGAACAAAUUAGAACAAAUUUGAUAGAAGCUAUUUUACCUGGAACAGAUAUUAUAGCAAAAGUAUUCUGUUUUAUAACUUAUAAUAUUUGUAAGCAUCCACACGUAAAACAAAAGAUGCUUUUGGAAAUUGACACUAUUUUUCCUAAAUCUUCUAAAAACUUCCACGUGUCACAUGAUAUUUCAAAAUUAAAAUAUUGUAAAGCAAUAAUUAAAGAAACGAGUCGCAUAUUACCCACAACAUAUGUCAUACCCCGCUACACUAUUGAAGAGUAUGAAAUUGCUGGAUAUAAAUGGCCUGCUGGCACACUGUUUCAUUUGAAUCGUAUAGUAGCGAACAAAAAUCCGGAAUUUUGGCCAAAUUCUGAAAUUUUUGAUCCGGAUAGGUUUUAUGAUGAUAAUAAAUAUGAUAAAAAAAUGAACGAUAAAAACUUGGCUAUGUUUGGUGGAAGUCAACGAAUUUGUCCUGGUAGAAAAUUUGCAAUGACAGAAUUACUCUUAUUAAUGGUAUUAGUAUUUAAAAAUUAUAAUGUCGAGUUGGUGAAUAAUAAUGAGCCAUUAAAAAUUAAAGCAGGAAUUACCCUAAACUGCAAGGAGUUGAAAGUUAAAAUUAAUCCUCGAAAUUGA